CUCAGGUGUGUCUGCAGCUCAUGUUUAAUCACUGUGUUUCCAAGUUCUCAACAAGGUUGAAUAUGGCAUCAGCUGUCAACAUAUCUCCACUAGCUCAUCCAGGACCAAAUGGAGGGAGCCUACACACUCACGCCAACAGCCGUGGACCAACCUGUGAGCAGCAAGAUCCAGGACCGCACGGCAUCAGCCAAGACCCAGGACCGUCAAUCCAUCCCCAACCCCCCGUCUUUGUCCGGCCUUUCUUCUACGUCCACCCUCCACCCCCGCCCCCACCCCCACCUCCACCCCCUUUCCUCCACUACCAGUGGCCCAUGCCCUUCCCCUAUAACCCCUUUGCCACCUUCCCAGGCAUGGGCUAUGGUAUGGUCAUGCCCCCAUUCCCUCCUCAUCCCUAUAUGGAUGCUCCACCACACAUUCUGUACCACCCCAACCCUCACAUCCAACCUGUCGACAGACGUUUCCUCCACCCCCAAGUCUACGCUCCUAGCGCACCCUACCAGAACCCAAACCGGACCCACAGAAUUAAUCUGCCUCAUACUGGCAAUAUUAGAGAAACUGUUAACUGUGAGGUCCAAACAGAACCCGUACAGAGAGGUCGUUACGGAGAAAGAAGCCCUCUCAUCGGCUCAGAUUCUGGGCGUGGAACCGGCUCAAACUCUCCAUCUGCCGAGGUUAGGAACAAUACCCUACCCAGCAGCAAUUCACUCAUGUCAGUGAGUUCUCCAGAUAGUAUAGUUCCGGUUUGUAGCUCUUUUCAACAAGAGGUUGUCAAAGAGAGAUGCGUCUCUGUUCCUGACAUUCUAAUGAGUUGGAGAAGUGGCACGCCGCAGGCAAGGAUUCUGAAAAUGGCACUUCCUCAGAAUGACAAACACCUGCUGGCUUACGAAACUGAAGAAGAACAUAAGUCUUUUUACCAGAAUCCAACUCAGACCAAAAAUGGUCCAGUGGUGGCUGACAGUACGAAUGAUAAUGCUGAGCGUAACCUAUGCUCUAAGAACAGUGCAACACUUUUUCAGAUCCUCAAACUUAAAAAAGCUCAUGGAGAACAAAAGGCAGAAUGCAGAAGAGAAAAUGAACCGGUGGGAUUGAUUGGCUCUCUAAAGCGUAGCCUGCCCUACACAGAAAAGCUGCUACAUUCACAUAAUAAAUCCCGAAAGCUCCCUGACAAUGAGCAAGAAGAUGACGAGACAAAUGCACAUGAAGACACAACAGAGAUCAUUCCCUAUCAAAUGAAUAGCUGUCAGACAGAGAGGGAAAUGAAUGAGUCUGUUUGGUCUGUGGCGUCUCUUCCCCCCUUUGUCCCCACCAAGGAGUGGCUACUACAGAACAGCAUGUUGGAGCCUGAAGUAAUUGACCCUGUUCCAAUGUCCAAAACUCUGCCUCAGAAUGACCACCAGCUGCCAUCUUACGCAACUGAAGACCAUGAUGGGUCUUUUUACCAGAGUCCAACUCAGACCACAAAUGGGCCAGUUGUUGCUGACUGUGCUUAUGCUAAUGGUAAUGUUGAGGAUAGCUUAAGCUCAAUGGACAUUUCAACCCUCUGCACAAUCUUCAAACUAAGAAAUGACCAUGAAGAGCGAAAUGCAGAAUCCAGAAAUGCUGUAAGGUGUAGUCUACCCUACACGGAUGAACUGCUACAUUCACGAAAGGAAUCCCGAAAGCUCCCUGACAAUGAGCAAGAAGAUGGCGACGAGACAAAUCCACAUGCAACCACGACAGAGCUCUAUCAAAUGUCUUUAAAUAGUACUCCGAUGGAGAGAAAAAUGAAUGAGUCUGUUUGGUCUAUAAAGUAUCUGCCCCCCAUCCCCACUAAGGAGUGGCUGCUGCAGAACGGCAUGUUGGAACCUGAAGUAACUGACUCUGUUCAAGUGUCCAAAACACCACCUCAGAAUGACCACCAGCUGCGGUCUUACGAAACUCAAGAAGACCAUGAAAAGUCUUUUUACCAGAGUCCAACUCAGAUCAAAACUGGUCCAGUGAUGCCAGACGGCGCUAAUCACAAUGCUAGGAGUAAUUUUAGCUCUAAGGACAGUACAACACUUUUUCAGAUCCUCAAACUGAGAAAAGCUCAUGAAGAGCAAAAUGCAGAAUCCAGAAGAGAAAAUGAGUCGGUGGAAUUCAUUGGCUCUGUAAGGAGAGAUGAACUGCUACAUUCUCAAAACGAAUCCCAAAUGUUCCCUGACAAUGAGCUAGUACAUGACGAGACAAAUCCACACGAAGACACGACAGAGAUCAUUCCCUAUCAAAUCUCUUUAAAUGGUUCUCAGAUGGAGAGAAAAAUGAAUGAGUCUGUUUGGUCUGUAAAGUCUCUGCCCCCCUUUAUCCCUUCUAAGGACUGGCUGCUGCAGAACGGCAUGUUGGAACCUGAAGUUAAUGACUCUGUUCCAGUGUCAAACAUGCCUCCUCAGAAUGACCACCAGCUGCCGUCUUACGAAACUGAAGACCAUGAAAAGUCUUUUUACCAGAGUCCAACUCAGACCAAAAAUGGUCCGGUGGUGGCUGACGGUGCUAAUCAUAAUGCCAAGGGUAACUUGCACUCUGAGGAUAGUGCAACCCUUUUCACAAUCCUUAAACUGAGAAAAGUUCAUGAAGAGCGAAAUGCAGAAUCCAGAAGAGAAAAUGAGUUGGUGGAAUUCAUUGGCUCUGUAAGGAGAGAUGAACUGCUACGUUCACAAAACCAAUCCCAAAAGCUCCCUGACAAUGAGCUAGUACAUGACGAGACAAAUCCACACGAAGACACGACAGAGAUCAUUCCCUAUAAAAUGUCUUUAAUUUUUUCUCAGAUGGAGAGAAAAAUGAAUGGGUCUGUAAAGUCUCUGCCCCCCUUUAUCCUCACAAACGGAAUUUUGGAGCCUAAAGUAACUGACUCUGGUCAAAUGUCCGAAACACUACCUCAAAAUGACCACCAGCUGCUGUCUUACGAAACUGAAGAACCAAAGUCUUUUUACCAGAGUACAACUCCGAACAAAAAUGGUCCAUUAAUGGCUGACGAUGAAUAUGUUAAUGAUGUUGCUGAGAGUGACUUAAGUUCUAUGGACAGUGUAACCCUUUUCCAGAUCCUCAAACUGAUAGAUGCUCAUAAAGGACACAAUGCUGAAUGCAGAAGAGAAAGUGAGCCGAUGGGAUUGGUUGGCUCUGGAAGACGUAGCCUACCCUACGAAGAUGAACUGCUACAUUCACAAAAAGAAUCCCAAAAGCUCCCUUACAAUGAGCAAGACAAUGGCAACGAGACAAAUCCACAAGCAGACAUGACCGAGAUAAUUCCCAAUCAAACGUAUAGCUGUCAGAUGGAGAGAAAAAUGAAUGAGUCUGUUUGGUCUGUGGAGUCUCUGCCCCCCUUUAUCCCCUCUAAGGAGUGGCUGCUGCAGAACGGUAUAUUGGAGCCUGAAGUAACAGACUCCGUUCCAAUGUCCAAAACACCACCUCAAAAUGAUCCCCAGCUGCCGUCUUACGAAACUGAAGAGCCGAAGUCUUUUUACCAGAGUACAACUCCGAACAAAAAUGGUCCAUUAAUGGCUGACGAUGAAUAUGUUAAUGAUGUUGCUGAGAGUGACUUAAGUUCUAUGGACAGUGUAACCCUUUUCCAGAUCCUCAAACUGAUAGAUGCUCAUAAAGGACACAAUGCUGAAUGCAGAAGAGAAAGUGAGCCGAUGGGAUUGGUUGGCUCUGGAAGACGUAGCCUACCCUACGAAGAUGAACUGCUACAUUCACAAAAAGAAUCCCAAAAGCUCCCUUACAAUGAGCAAGACGAUGGCAACGAGACAAAUCCACAAGCAGACAUGACCGAGAUAAUUCCCAAUCAAACGUAUAGCUGUCAGAUGGAGAGAAAAAUUAAUGAGUCUGUUUGGUCUGUGGAGUCUCUGCCCCCCUUUAUCCCCUCUAAGAAGUGGCUGCUGCAGAACGGUAUGUUGGAGCCUGAAGUAACAGACUCCGUUCCAAUGUCGACAACACCACCUCAGAAUGAUCCCCAGCUGCCGUCUUACGAAACUGAAGACCAUGAGAAGUCUUUUUACCAGAGUCCAACUCAGACCAAAACUGGUCCAGUGGUGCCUGAAUGUGCUAAUCAUAAUGCUAAGGGUAACUUAAGCUCUAAGGACAGUGCAACACUUUGUCUGAUCCUCAAACUGAGAAAAGCUCAUGAAGAGCAAAAUGCAGAAUGCAGAAGAGAAAAUGAGUCGGUGGAAUUCAUUGGCUCAGUAAGGAGGGAUAAACUGCUACGUUCACAAAACGAAUCCCAAAAUCUCCCUGACAAUGAGCUAGUACAGAACGAGACAAAUCCACACAAAGACGCGACAGAGAUCGUUCCCUAUCAAAUCUCUUUAAAUAGUUCUCAGAUGGAGAGAAAAAUGAAUGAGUCUGUUUGGUCUGUGGAGUCUCUGCCCCCCUUUAUCCCUUCUAAGGACUGGCUGCUGCAGAACGGCAUGUUGGAACCUGAAGUAAAUGACUGUGUUCAAGUAUCCAAAACACCGCCUCAGAAUGACCACCAGCUGCCGUCUUACGAAACUGAAGACCAUGAGAAGUCUUUUUACCAGAGUCCAACUCAGACCAAAACUGGUCCAGUGGUGCAAGACGGUGCUAAUCAUAAUGCCAAGGGUAACUUAAGCUCUAAGAACAGCCCAGACUUUUUCAAACUGAGGGAAGCGGAUGAAGAGCAAAAGGCAAAAUCCAGAAGAGAAAAUGAGCCGGUGGGAUUGGUAGACUGCGUAAGGCGUACGCUAUUUUACACAGAUGAACUGCUACAUUCACAAAAGGAAUCCCAAAAGAUCCCUGACGAUGAGCAAGAAGAUGGCGACGAGACAAAUCCACAUGAAGACACGACUCCCUAUCAAAUAAAAACUGUGGAGUCUUUUCCCCCCUUUAUCCCCAGUAAGGAAUGUCUGCUGCAGAACGGCAUGCUGGAACCUGAAGUAACUGACUCUGUUCCAACGCUGCCUCAGAAUGACCACCAGCUGCCGUCUUACGAAGCUGAAGAAGAGCAUGUGAAGUCUUUUUCCCAGAGUCUAACUCAGACCAAAAAUGGUCCAGUGAUGGCUGAUGCCGCUUAUACUAAUGAUGCUAAUGGUAAUGCUGAGGGUAACUUAAGCUCUAUGGACAUUGCAACCCUUUUCAAGAUCUUCAAACUGAGAAAAGCUCAUGAAGAGCAAAAUGCAGAAUCCGUGAGAGCUGUAAGGCAUAGCCUACCCUACACAGAUGAACUGCUACAUUCGCAAAAUAAUUCCCAAAAGCUCCCGGACAAUGAGCAAGAAGAUGGCGACGAGACAAAUCCACAAGCAGACACUACAGAGAUCAUUCCCUCUCAAAUGUGUAGCAGUCAGACGGAGAGAGAAAUGAAUGCGUCUGUGGAGUCUCUUGCCCCCUCUAUCCCCACUAAGAAGUGCAGUGAGAUGGAUGGCUCUAAAAUAUGGAGACUAAAGCAAGGCCAGAGCAUGGCUCCUUUAGUAAAGGGCCCCUUGGCUUCCCCGACUCCCCUGCAGAGUAAACAAAUUAUAUCUACCCUCCCUGAAGAGGACGCAGACACCAGUAGGUGUCCGCUGAUUCGCCUAAACGGAGCGGACAUGGACAUGGAGGUGGAGGAUGGCGCUUACAGGAAUAAAGAAGUCCAAAACCAGCAACUGUGUGUCCAGACGGCUGACCAGAAUAUAGCCGACGUGUCUCCAUCAAAGGCACAUUUGGUGGACUGUGGCGUCCAGUGUACUGAACUACAGGAGCACAAGUGUGUAUGUGAGAUGAAGAGCAGCAUGGGACCGAGUAGAUGGCAUCCUAGUAAACAUUUGGAUAAGAAAGCAAACCAUGGUCCGGCUGAAGGAGGAAAGCGGAAGAAAAGAAGAGGAGGCAUGGUCACUGGAGGAAUGUCAUCAGAUAUGCACAGCAGCAGCCAGCAGGAAGCCUACAAUGGAAGCUUUGGCAAACCUUGGAAAUCACAAGAUAUGCACAGCAGCCAGCAGGAAGCCUACAAUGGAAACUUUUGCAGACCUUGGAAAUCCCAAGGUCGAUAUGGAAGGAACAGACGCUGACACUGACGACGCUCUACAAGACAACACUUGGUUUUAAAGAGAUUUUAAAUUUUAAAUCUAUAAAUUAAUUUCAAAUUAAAAUUGUAAUAUUUUUCAAUAAAUGUUUUUGUACAUGUCAUAGUUA